AUGGCUGCUUUGUCUGUUCCCAGUGAUGGUCUUGUCCUCCUGCGGACUCCCGAACGGGGUCCUGCUUCCAACUCUGCCCUUCCCUCUCAAGUGAUCCGGCUUAACCUCGCUCAGAGAGCUACUGAGGAGAUACUGAAGAGUUUUCACAACAAGGAGAAGAUCAGCAUUCGUUUCGGCAAGCGAGUUUCGGUGCAGCACGGCAAAAAGUUACAGCCAGUCUCCGCAUAUCCUGAAUUAUGCCCUUCCGAACUGUACCAAUGUUCCCUCGACGAUGACAGCACUUUCUACUUUUCGGGAAAACUCAGUCAUACACUCGAAGCCCAAAAGGCACAAACGGACACUGCAAAGGCAGAUGAGGCACUGGCGAAUCUUCAAAACAGCCUGAAGUCUCACGAGGAGCAAAAGGCAUCAAAUGAAGCAAGGAUAGUGACAGACAAAGAUGAGCUUCGACAUUUGACGGAACUGAGCCAAAAAGCAAAAGGCAAUCAAUCCCAGCCUUCUGCUAUUCGCAAAGAUCGCUUCCUGAACACAACACAUCGGUCCACCCCUACUAGCCCAUUUCUUGGAGCUGGGGGUUCACCCACAAAUGGUCCUGGCCCCAUCGCCAGAUCCGUUCCCGCUUCUGUCAGUCAGGACCAAAUCAGACUCAACGCCAUAAAGAUCCCUUUUCUGCAUUUGCUUGCCGUUGACGCUAUCACACCUAAAGCUCUUGCCGAAGCAAUUCAUGCCACCAAAGACGAUUGCGAGAAGCUCCUGCACAAAUACGUCAAAGAUGCGAGAGAUGCAAACGCAAAGCAAGAGCUCAAGGAUAAAGCUUACCGUGAGCUUGAUCCAUGGAAGUUUCCGUAUCCUCGUGAAAAUGAUCGUCAAGCCGCAAUCGAUCGAGCCAUCUCGGCAUUUGAUCGUAUGAGAAUAAACACAAGUGAUCAAAUCUGGGAGACCUUGUUGCCAGUCAAGGAACGGGGAAAGGGCAAGGGCUCAGAAUUGUCAAGGUUGAAGAUUGCCCAGGCGGGACUCAAUGUCGUUGCACCUAAGGCUGGCUUGAGUAAAGGUGCCCCUCCAAGCGUGACAGACACUGAUACAGACCAUGGAAAGCCUGCUGGCAAGGCAAAAGGGUCAGCGACAAAGACAAAACCUCGAAGCGACACAAAUGAAAGUCUGGAAAAGAGCUCGACCUUGCGUAAGGAAGCGACUAAGCAAUUAAAGGAAGUGCAUGGUAAAGACGCUCCGAGAAAGGAGAGAAGAAAAGCUCAGGCGAAUGCGAAGUUCAAGUCAUCAGAAGUCAUUGAAGACUCUGACGAAGAACUCGCGGGUGUCAAGACCACUAUUGAAAGCACUACUAAAUUAAAGAAGGGACCCGAUGCCAAAGCCAGGUCAUCUACCAUGAAGCAACCAUCCAAGCCUACCGCUACUACUACUACCUCCAGCAUACCACCAACGUCUUCGCUCAAAACGUCUUCCCAAAUCACCAGCAACUUGAUGCCAAACUCGGCUUUAACUCGACCUCGACCUGACAGCACCACAAACAAAGCAUCUCCAAGACCGCGAACUGACAGCUCACCACAGAAGCGCUCUCCUCUUGCAUCAUCUCCACCAACCAAUGCGACCGACCUCGACAACUCGCAAUCCAGCAAAACCAACAGCCUCUCCUCUGCAACUUCUUCUCCAGCAAUGAGCCCACCUCAUACUAAAGGCCAAAAACCCUUACCUCCAUCAAAGACUUCAGAACCAAGACCCACCUCCACCGCGCAGAAGCGCAAAGCGGAAGAUCAUCCCUCUCCUGCACCUAAACGCCAACAAAUCAAUGGAAACCACAUCAAGCGCCCCACUAUAAACCGCAUCAACAAACCGCCUGCCGAGAACAAAACCAAUAAUCGUAAUAACACAAGUAUCACAACACCCUCCUCAUCUCAACGAAGCCGCACACCUUCCUCAUCCUCCGCCUCAACCGUCAACACAACCACAACCAACGCCUCCUCAUCCACCACCGGCACCAAACAUUCCCCUCCUUCUACAUCAAAACUGCAAUCAGAUCUGCAGCUCAAAUCCAAAUCUCGACGUUUCAAGAUCCAAUACGCGCGGUAUCAAGCCCUGCAUGCAAAGAUCAUGGCUAUGCCAGAGGCAAAUCGAGAUGCGGAGGAGGUGAAGGUGUUGAGGAAGAUGCAUACGAGGAUUGGGGAGUUGAAGAGGGAGAUUUGGGAGGGAUGGGAGAAGGAGAGGGGUCGGGACAGGAAGAAGAACUGA